AGCUGCUCUCUCCACAGUCCACACCAUUAAAGAUCUGGAACAGGGAUCUGGGGGUGGCGAGGUGCCAAAAAGCCUCCACUUCAAAGCUGCCCCUCGCUGAAGACGGCAGGAAAAAUCAGCAGCGGGAGAAGCCACAGAAGCGGCGAUCCAACCAACAUGGCCCCCUCGGCUCGGCCCAGCAACCCCGGACUUGGGUUGGAGGAAGACGAGUCCUACUAUGGGAUUCAGAAAGCGGACAGAAAGACCAGGAAACCUCUGGUGGAGAAGAAGAGGCGAGCUCGGAUCAAUGAGAGUUUGCAGGAGCUGCGGACUUUGCUGGCAGACACAGACUUUCACUCUAAAAUGGAAAACGCAGAGGUGCUGGAGAUGACGGUGAAGAAGGUGGAGGACAUCCUGAAGAACCGAGGCCAAGAAACUGACACGCUCAACCGAGAGGCCAGUGAGAGGUUUGCAGCCGGCUACAUCCAGUGCAUGCACGAGGUCCACAUGUUUGUGUCCAGCUGUCCUGGGAUAGAUGCCACAGUGGCAGCAGAGCUUCUCAACCACCUCCUGGAGUGUAUGCCUCUGAACGAGGACCAUCUCCAGGACGUGCUGAUGGACCUAAUCACGGACACUUCUGGGAGCAAUGGCAGCACUUGGCACGAAGGCAGCGAGGCGCUCUGCACCACCCUAACUUCACCCGGAGGAAGGAGUCCGUCCAUCAGCUCGUCCUCAGCCCUCUCCCCGGCCCCUUCCACCACGUCCAGCGAGGACCUGUGCUCUGACCUGGAUGAGACCGACAGCGAGCACAACCAGAGCUCCACAGAGGGCAUGGAGAACAGGGAGGCCCUGAGCAUGCCCACCAUGACCUACCCUCGGUCUAUGUGGAGACCCUGGUAGAGAGCUGGAUGGGAUGCAUUUGGGAAACAGUAAAGCAGGGUGUGUGUGUCCUUUAAAGAUGAGAUACCGGGCCUUCCUGCUGAAUAUGUAAAGGAAAGUCCACUCUAUGAACACUUGCAAAAUAACAGUUCUCAGUGGUGUACUUUGCAUUUAUGGACUCAUUUACCUCCACAGAUCACUGACCACAUGCAUGGAUUUUCUUCACAUUGAUGUUCAAUAAUCAAAUCUGUUCAACAAGAGACCAAGAGACAGGUUACUGCCCUGACAGCAGUCACUGUCCAUCACUACGCUGGAAUACACCCACAGAUCACUGUGCAUCUGAGGAGGGACCAUGACUGUGGCUUUUCUCUUCACCCACAAACGAAUGCAGCAAAUUUACAACCUUUCCCUGGGGAACUCUGGGAAAUGUAGGAAAUCGUUAAGUGAAGUAGACAGCGCAAACUGAUGGAACAACAGUUCAACAAGAAAAAAAAAACAUUCCUUAAGUGCUUUGGAUAUCACAGAAAAGAAUGUGUAUCUUGGUGUUGAAAGGUGGAGUUUUCCUUUUUUUUCUCAUCACAGGGGCCCUUCCUCUCAAGGGCCCCUCCAGCUUGGGUCCUCCUUAAAGUUUUCUUCUCAGUAGUGACAUCCUGACUUUGAGUCCUCUGUUGUGACUUUUCCUUACACCUGAAGAAACCCUCCCUCUCAACACUCUUAGAACCCAACAAAGGAUAGAAAAGGAACAGUUCAGAACGUUCACACUUCUUCUGUCAAUGACUCUGUGUAUAUAGGAUUUGUAUGAGGAGAUAAGCUCUUUUAGAAGAUUGGCAAUGCCUCUGAUUAAUAUAAAUAUUUCUAUUGUAUUUCAUAAAGGCCUGUAGUUUAUUGGACCAGUAGCCUCCUUCAGAAUGACCACUUUAAUGUUGUAAUGAUGUUUAGAAAUGUUUUGCCGGUAUAAUGUCUGA